AUGACGAUCAGAGAAAAGGUUAAUAAAAAAAUUCAAUAUGGUGCCGCGAUGUCUAUAGCUAAAACGAGCAUUCAAAUUGCCGUUACAGAAGGUACCGAAUCAUUACAGGAUUCGCAAGGACUUUCUAUUCAAGAUAAUCCUCAACCUUUAUCCGUUCUUCCUGAUAUAUCAAAUCCUGAGUAUCACAAACCAAAAGGACGACCUCCAAAGCGGUAUAAAUCGACGGUAGAAAAUAAUUGUAUUACAUCAGGAAAACCUGACGAUGUAACAGUACAGAAAACGUGUAGUUAUUGCUCCGAAAAAGGUCAUAAUAUUCGUGGAUGUCCAAAAUACAAAGCUAAAUCAUCCGCUAACAAAGAAAACGAAUAUUUAGUUUAG